AUGGCCCAGCCCAACAAGACCAGCUCUUUUCCCUUCUCCAGGCUGCGAUGGCGUCACUCUGUCACCGUGGAGGUGGCCAACGAGCCCACCUUGGAGUUCAAACCAGGAAGCCCCGAACGACAGGCUCUCCAGAAGGCUCUGAACGACUUGAAAGACAAGACUGAAGAAAUCCCAUGUGUUGUGGGGGGUGAGGAGGUGUGGACGGCAGACGUGCAGUAUCAAGUGUCGCCUUUUAAGCAUUCACACAAAGUCGCCAAAUACUGCUAUGCCGAUAAGGACUUGCUGAACAAAGCCAUCAAUGCUGCCCUAGCUGCACGGAAGGAGUGGGACCUUCGGCCCAUCCAAGACCGGGCGCAGAUUUUUUUCAAAGCAGCCGACCUAUUGAGUGGGCCCAGGAGGGCUGACGUGCUGGCCAAAACCAUGAUCGGCCAGGCAAAAACAGUCAUUCAGGCAGAGAUAGACGCAGCUGCAGAGCUGAUCGACUUCUUCCGCUUCAAUGCCAAAUACGCCGUGGAACUGGAACAAGAGCAGCCCCUCAGCGUGCCUCCCAGCACCAACAGCAUGGUGUAUCGGGGGCUGGAGGGUUUCGUCGCUGCCGUCUCUCCCUUUAAUUUCACCGCCAUCGGAGGAAACCUGGCAGGGACUCCUGCUUUGAUGGGUAACGUGGUCCUCUGGAAGCCCAGCGACACGGCCAUCCUGUCCAACUAUGCCGUCUACAAGACCCUCUUGGAAGCCGGCCUCCCUCCCAACGUCAUUCAGUUUGUCCCAGCCAGUGGGCCUGUGUUCGGUGACACGGUGACGGCCUCAGAGCACUUCUGCGGGCUCAACUUCACCGGCAGCGUCCCAACCUUCAAGCACCUCUGGAAGCAGAUCUCUGGAAACCUGGACCGGUAUCGCACUUUCCCAAGGCUGGCUGGAGAGUGUGGCGGGAAGAACUUCCAUUUUGUGCACGCCUCAGCCGACGUGCCCAGCGUAGUGAGCGGGACGCUGCGCUCCGCAUUCGAGUACGGCGGCCAGAAGUGCUCGGCCUGCUCUCGCCUUUACGCCCCCGAUUCUCUGUGGCCCCGCAUCAAAGGCCUGCUCCUGGAGGAACACGAGAAGAUCAAAGUGGGAGACCCGGUGGAAGAUUUCCAAACAUUUUUUUCUGCUGUGAUCGACCAGAAGUCUUUUGGGCGCAUCCAGAAGUGGAUCAAACACGCCGAGACAUCCCGCACCCUCGAGAUUCUUGCAGGGGGGAAAUGCGAUGACACAGUUGGCUAUUUUAUCCAGCCCUGCAUAAUUGAAACCAAGAACCCGAAAGACCCCAUCAUGCAGGAGGAAAUCUUCGGCCCCGUCUUGACGGUCUAUGUGUACCCGGAGAAGCAAUACCGAGACGUCCUCCGGCUAAUCGACAGCACUUCUCCAUACAGCCUCACGGGGGCAGUCUUUGCCCAAGAUAAAGCCGUCGUUGCUGAAGCGAGGGAAAUCCUCCGCAACUCAGCCGGCAAUUUCUACAUCAACGACAAGUCGACCGGCUCUGUUGUGGCCCAGCAGCCGUUUGGGGGCUCUCGCGCCUCAGGAACCAACGACAAACCCGGGAGCCCUCACUACAUCCUGCGCUGGACGUCUCCUCUGGCUAUCAAGGAGACCCACAAACCCUUAGGGGACUGGAAGUACCCCUACAUGCAGUGAAGCCCCUCCCCAGUGCCCUUCCCCCACCCCCGCUAAUAGCCACUCAGGAGACCUUGUUUCCAUUUGGGGAGUCAACUAAUGGUGACAAAACCAACUUCUUCAAACAGCCGUCCCAGAGUUUUGCACCAGCUCCAUUGUUACUGAGGGAACUCAGAUGACUUUCUGAAUCAAGCCAAGCGAAAGUACUACGUUGUGGUGGAUUGGAGUUUCCAAAUGCCUGACCCUCUUUUGUACCCCCUAAAUUGUGCCCCCACUUUGGGGAUAGAGCAAAAUUUGGUUUGUCUGCUCGCCACGGCCCAGGACAGGCCCCUGCAAACAUCAGAAGUGCUAGCAGACGGAAGAAGUUGGGUCUGCCUCAAAGAACUGCCAAGAGCUGGAAAGAAUUUGAAGAGAAUCUGAUCAACAGUAGCAAAGAAAGAGCCAAAGUGAAGCCCUGUGGAAUUCUGGGUAGGAUUGUCUCUAAAAUAUGACUUGUUCCCUGUUGGUCAGUGAAGGGUGUUUCUCUUUGGCUCUGGGAAGGACAGCUCCUUCCUUAAGCAGAAAAAGGAUGGAUGUUGCAGACACAGCUGGAUGUUGUUUUGAUGACUGAGGUGGUCCAGGGAUAUUUCAUUGGCCUGCGUUUUGGCUCCAGCACUUACAGCCUGGAAAAAGAACACACUGAACAUUGAAUAUUGACUUUAAAGAUCUGACAGUUUGAAUGGCUGCUGCUCGCUCCUUAAGGGUGUUUAAAUGUAUGUUGUGUAAACCGCAACCUGUUUAAAAUGCAGUGGGGAAACUGACUGCGUGUCCUGUGUGUGUUUGUGUGUGUGAGUGGCUAAGCCCCUAGUCCUGUUUGCAAUCAUGGAGAUGAAGUCGAAGUCACCGAAUCUGCUGAUUCCACAGAGAGAUCUUGGCUCGAAGGCAUCGGUCUUCUUUCUUUCUUUUUUUUGCUUUUUAAAGCUGGGAGCUUUCCUGUUGUGGAAAUGCUCUGAUGUGUGUUACCGUUACAUCAGUGCCUUUUGUUCAUGCAGCAGUUCUCUUGCUUUUAUGACAGCUGGGUUUGUACCAGGGAGGUCCGGUCCAAAAGCUGCAGGAAGCCAAACGUCUGAGAAGAAUGAUCUUUAAAACCUUUUAUUGCACAGACAGGGCCUUUGCGGGGAUGACAAAGUGCCCCUUUAUGUUCAUGGUCAGUGUGAUCCUAGCCUGUGACUGUUUUAGGCGGAACAUUUACUGCAUAGGACGGGGAACUCCACACCUUUGAUCAGCUCCCAGGCUGGGACUGACUGCACAGAUGGAAAACUGGGUCGCUUUGGACUUUUUACACAGCCGGACAAAUAGCUGCCAGUGUUUCUACCAGUCCCCUCCCUGAGAGAAUGUCUGGUUGGGUGGAUGCAGAAAGGGACUGUUUGUGAUGGGCUGUUUGUACUCCUUGGCUAAUGACUGCUAAUAAAGGAUUUUGAAAAUAGCACUCAGAA